AUAAAAGAAUGGCUGUGAAUAGUUGGAGUGAGAAAAACUAGAACCAAGCCAUAUAGCUUGCAUUAAUUGACCUUUGCUUAUUUCUUAGAUUGUUGUAGUCUCUUUUGAGUACUGAAGUUAAAACAAGAGCAUAUUCUCGCCACAUAGUGGUUAUUCUCUUCUGCUCAUAGAUGUGUACAAAUAUGCGAAUGUAUGUUUAAGAUGUCUGUCCAUUCCUGGACUUUUGAUUCCUUUGGUUGUUUGUAGUGAAUACUGCUAAUCUCUUUUAGCUAGUUGGCAUUAGAACAUAGAUUUGUAAUUUUUCGUAGAAAUAUUUAAUUUUCUCUAAUCAAAGGUACUCUUUUUUUCUCUACUUCCCUGACUUCAUUUACACUUUUCACACUUCCCCAAAAUAAAAAGAGUUCCUGUUUACUGGUUGGUUGUUGUUUUCAUGCAGCCUAUAUGAAAAAAAAAUAGGCUUUCAUACAAAUGGAGUCUCGUUAGAGGGAGGGAGUCAUGCUCAAGAGCAGAGGCGCGACAAAAGACGGUAGGCGUCACCUUUUGCGUUUUUUAGACCAGCUAAGGUUAGUGUAAGGUGGGCGUGAGUCGAAUAUUAACUCCAGGAAGUGCAAUUCUCGUGUGAGAUAAAGAGCGCGGCAGAAACGACGGCAAGCGUCAUUUUUUUCCGUGCUGGGCGCUCCUUUCGCCAUCCCUUAGCUUGUCUAACAGACGCAACAAAAAAAAUGACACCAGUUCGAUAUACUUGCUUUCGGUUACUUGUUCGUUAUCGUUUUUAGACGGCUCGAUACCCUCCCGAAUUUUCUUAGCCCCAGUAGAGAAGAUGAGAUCUGGAUACGAGCUUUCCGUAGAACUUCGUAGGGGUAGGGUGGGGGAGUUCCUAUCAACUUGGAGUUGAGGUUCGGCCAUGUGGAGAAGCGCCAUCUUUUGGUAUUGGAAGUACUAUUCUGAAGAUAAAGCGAUGAGGCCGCUGCUCGAUUGCCUUUUCGUUAUUGUGUAUGCAUCAGUCUCUGUCAUGGCAAACGAGGAGUCUAUAGGCAACACUACAGAGAGACCAGCAAAAGAUAAAUCAUCGGACAAAGACGACGUACAGAUUUCAGUUUAUCGUGCAAUUUUCAAGCAAAAACGCGGAGAGCAAACUCUCGCUGCAGAGAGUAUACUAAAACUCAAUGACUACUCCAAACAAUAUAAAAUGGUUGAAAUUGUUCUUGAAAAAUUGUUUACGGUAUUACAGGAUGCAAAGGUGAAAGUAACGGCAUCAAGUUAUAUACCUGGACAAGCAUUUCCUACAGAAAAAUCAGAGUUAGAAGCAUUAGCAAACGUUUUGGAGAAUACUGCCUUGUUUGGAGAUAUUCUUUUGCGAUUGCCUGAUGUAACAUACAAGGUAUACACCAAGUCCAAAGACUGGGAACUUUUGGCUAGAUGGAGUUUAAGCUUUUGCAAUGAAACUCAAAUUUAUGAUGAAACAGACUCAAAGUUAUUGUAUUUGAUGGCGCAAGAGUUGAGACUUGUACCAAGAGAUCCAAACUACAUUAAUCCAUAUAGGAAUGUUGGAAACAAAGAGAGUUUGAAAGAUGCUGAGAGUAAAGAACAGACUUUAAAGAAAAAGAAAAAAGAGAAAAAGAAAAAAAGAGGCCCAAGAUUAAGCCAUGCUGAAUUGUAAUCAUUUUUAUUGUUAGGACUCCUUGUUGAAAUAAAAACUUUUAGUUAGAUUGUUGUGUUAAAGAAAUAAAGCUUUGGUACUUG